AUGGAUGCAACGCAUAACGUUGCGAAAGGUUACAAAGUUGGUACUGUCAAAGAGAAUGUAUUUCUUUACACAAUCGUGGUCUUUGAUCCCCAAACAGGUCAAGGGGUUCCAGCCGCGUGGCUUUUAACGAACACUCAAGGUUCUUAUCCACUUUAUUUAUUACUUCAAGAUUUGAAAACUAAGCACGAAUUUAAACCCUCCUUAAUUUGUAUCGAUUGUUCGGACAUUGAAAGAAAAGCCAUUCGGGCAGUUUUCCCUAAUGAAAAAGACCAUGAAAUUUUGUAUUGUUUCUUUCAUUUGAACAGAGCACUUAAAAGGAAAAUAAAUGAUCAUAUCUCAUUGAAAAGUAGUACUAAUAAUUUUGAAAUGUUGCUCAAGAAGGGUAUAAUCACUCCAGAUGUAGUGGAAAAAAGAGGAGAUCUUCAAGGAUGUAACGAUAUGCUGUAUCAAGACACUCCUGUUUUCUCUGACGAAGAAUUUUGUGCAUUUUUGGACUCAAUAGAAAGCCAGACUAGAGGUGGAUUAGAAAAUAACCCAAUAGAGAGCUUACUACAUAAUCCCAAUGACGAUUUAAGUGUUGAAAAACAUAUUGACGAAAUUCGUGACAUUGAAAAUUUUCUUGCAUAUAACAAUUUUGAAAUCGACGGUCAAAUUGAAGAUGCUAACAAUAAAGAUGUUAAGAUUGAAAUACCAAAAGCUUCCCCGAAAACACCAGAUGAUAUUAACAAAGUGGGGGAACUCGCUGCUGAGGGUUUUUAUCUAAUAAUAUCUUCAAAAAGUGAAGAAGAGGCCAAUCAAAGAAUCGAUGACUACACUGCAGCAUUCUUAGAAUAUCCAUAUUAUAUUACAUACAUCCAGUAUUAG